GAGUCGGAGCGCGCGGCUGCCCGCCGCCCCUGCAACCACCUCCCGCAGCGUCCUCGCCUGGCCUGGCCCCGGCCCGGCCCGACCCUCGGCCCGGCCCGGCCCGGCCUCCCCGUGGGGUCGCGCAGCCGCCCCGGGGACGAUGAACGGAGGAUAAAUGGUGCCCAAGGCAGACAGCGGUGCCUUCCUGCUGCUCUUUCUGCUGGUGCUCACGGUCACCGAGCCGCUGCGACCAGAGCUGCGGUGCAACCCAGGCCAGUUUGCCUGUCGCAGCGGCGCCAUCCAGUGCAUCCCCCUCCCCUGGCAGUGUGACGGCUUGGUGACCUGUGAGGAUGAGAGUGAUGAAGCCAACUGUCCAGAAGUGAUCGGGGAGGCACGUCCUUACCAUGGGAAGGAGGCUGUGGAUCCGAGGCCGGGGCAGGCUCGAGGCGGUGACCCCACGCACUUCCAUGCCAUGAACGUGGCGCAGCCUGUCCGCUUCAGCAGGAAGUGCCCAACAGGGUGGCACCACUAUGAGGGCACGGCCAGCUGCUACCGAGUCUACCUGAGCGGGGAGAACUACUGGGAUGCCGCGCAGACCUGCCAGCGCGUGAACGGGUCCCUCGCCACCUUCUCCACUGACCAGGAGCUGCGCUUCGUCCUGGCCCAGGAAUGGGACCAGCCCGAGCGGAGCUUUGCGUGGCAGGACCAGCACAAGUUGUGGGUCGGCUACCAGUACGUCAUCACUGGCCGGAACCGCUCCUUAGAAGGUCACUGGGAGGUGGCAUUCAAAGGCUCCUCAGAGGUGCUCCUGCCCCCGGACCCCAUCUUUGCAGCGGCCACAUCAGAGGGUGACGGCGUAUUCUGCGCACAGCUGCAGUGCUUCCACUUCCCCACGCUCCGCCACCACGACCUGCACAGCUGGCAUGCUGAGAGCUGCCACGACAAGUCCUCGUUUCUGUGUAAAAGAAGUCAGACGUGUGUCGACAUCAAGGACAACGUUGUGGAUGAAGGAUUCUACUUCACCCCCAAAGGGGACGACCCAUGCCUGAGCUGCACCUGUCACAGAGGGGAGCCCGAGAUGUGCGUAGCUGCCCUGUGCGAGCGGCCCCAGGGCUGCCAGCAGUACCGCAAGGACCCUAAGGAGUGCUGCAAGUUCAUGUGCCUGGACCCAGACGGCAGCAGCCUGCUGGACUCCAUGGCCAGUGGGAUGCGUCUGAUUGUGAGCUGCGUGUCCUCUUUCCUCAUCCUGUCGCUGCUGCUCUUCAUGGUCCAUCGGCUGCGCCAGAGGCGCCGGGAGCGCAUUGAGUCCCUGAUUGGAGCAAACCUGCACCACUUCAACCUCGGCCGAAGGAUCCCCGGCUUUGAUUAUGGCCCAGACGGGUUCGGCACGGGCCUCACACCGCUGCACCUCUCCGACGAUGGGGAAGGCGGUACUUUCCAUUUCCAUGACCCUCCCCCUCCCUACACCGCGUACAAGUACCCGGACAUCGACCAACCCGAUGACCCGCCGCCACCCUACGAGGCCUCCAUCAACCCGGACAGCAUGUUCUACGACCCUGCAGAUGAUGACGCCUUUGAGCCAGCAGAGGCCGCCCAACCGACCACAGGGGAUGGUGGUGGUGAGGGUGCAGUGACCCGGCGCCUGGAGCAGCCCCUGCCCACCCCCAGGGCCUCUCUGGCUGAACUGGAAGACUCAGCCGACAGCAGCAGUAUCCUCCUUGUGCCCCCUGACCCCGCCCAGAGUGGCAGUGCCCUGGCCACAGAGGCGCUUCCAGGGGGCGGCCGCCACAGCCGAAGUUCCCUCAAUACCGUGGUGUAGAGGACGGUGGGCCCGCGGCCCAAAUGGGCAGGGAGCACCUGUUUGCCGUCGAGAAAAACGCUGAUCCCCUUGGGAGACUUCAGGGGCCCCUGAGUGAGCCUGGACCCAGCUGCACAGCCGCACCCCUGACGGCGGGCACACACACAGACACCACACCAGCCCCCAGGGCGCCAGCACCUGCCCGAGGGUCCUUGGGGGCUUCAAACACACGCGUAGCUUUG